CGUAGUUGAUACAGUUCAAUCCGACUGGAAUAAUCAUGGCCUUCAAAUUCGUAGCUUUCGCCGCUCUUGUAGCCGCAGCCAAUGCCGGCCUCAUCAGCAGCCCCUACCAAGCUGCUCCACUAGCCUACGCCACCCCAGUUGCCAAAUACACCGCUCCUCUUGCCGUAGCCAAGACUGUUGUACAAGAAGAAUACGAUCCACACCCACAAUACAACUACGGCUACGAAGUGCAAGACGGUUUGACCGGAGACAGCAAGUCCCAACACGAAUCUCGUGACGGAGACGUGGUACAAGGAAGCUACUCCCUCAUCGACGCCGAUGGCCACAAACGUACCGUCCACUACACCGCUGACCCAGUCCACGGAUUCAACGCUGAAGUCACCAGGGAACCACUUGGAGCCAAGGCUGUAGCUCCAGUCGUUGCUAAAGUAGCCGCCCCCUUGGCUUACGCCGCUCCAGUUGCCAAGAUCGCCGCUCCACUUACCUACUCUGCUCCAGCCGUCGCUAAAGUAGCCGCUCCAUUAGCCUAUGCCGCCCCAGUUGCCAAAAUCGCUGCUCCACUUGCCUACUCUGCUCCAGCUGCCCACUCUUACUACCACUAAAUUAGACUGAUUAUGUUAUUUAUUUAUUUAUUCAAAUAAAAAAGCAAAUUUAUAUAUGGGUUUAACUAUCAAGUCAAAAUAAGUUUUAAAAUAUUUAAGAAAGAUUCUGAUAUAAGGUAAAAAAUUUAGGAAAUAAUUAAUUAAUUUCAAAAUCUAUAAAUUAUAAACUAAAAUAUUUAUUUUUAUGUAGGAUUUAUAUU